GGUAAACCCUAUACUGCAAUCCACACGUCAACCCAUCUUUCUUCGUUCUUUAUUUCUCUUUUCCUCUCUUGUAUUCUUCUCUGUGUUGCCGUCGCCGACCACCGGCACGCCCCCGCCACCACUCUUUCUUUUCCGUCUCUAUAAAAAAGAGGAGGCUAUGUUCUUAGCCAAGUUCGAUCGAAUAACAUUUUUUUUCAGGCGCAAGAGUUGAUUUUGAGGUGAAGACAGAAAAUCCCACUAAACUGUUCGGUAAGAUUUUGGGCACUUGGUUCAAACUUUAGCAUGUUCUUGAUUAAGUAGCUAUGACUGUUAGGUGGCCAAGGCUUUUAACGCCCACACACCUGUCUCAGAUUAUUAGGAAACAGAACAAUCCUUUCACAGCUUACCAACUGUUCAAUGAAGCCAAAUGUAGGUAUCCAAAUUAUCAGCACAAUGGUCCGGUGUACGCCGCAAUGAUCAAUAUACUUGGAAACUCGGGCAGAAUUUCCGAGAUGAGGGAAGUGAUAGAUCAGAUGAAAGUUGACUCUUGUCAGUGCAAGGAUUCUAUAUUUUCAUUUGCAAUUAAAACGUAUGCUAGUCAUGGAUUAUUGGAAGAAGGUAUAUCUCUGUUUAAAAGCCUUGGGGGAUUUAACUGUACCGAUAGAACACAAACUUUCAAUACCCUUUUGGAAAUACUCUUGAAUGAAUCUCAGCUCGAUGCUGCUUGUCAGCUUUUUCAGCAGAGUUCAUUUGGUUGGGAAGUGAAAUCCAGGACUCAGUCAUUGAAUUUGCUAAUGCAAUCUCUUUGUCAAAGAGGCCAAUCUGAACUUGCUUUACAUGUCUUUAAAGAAAUGGAUUACCAAAGUUGCUAUCCUAAUAGGCUGAGUUAUUUGAUUCUAAUGAAAGGACUGUGUCAAGAUGGUAAGCUUCAUGAGGCCAUCCAUUUAUUGUAUUCCAUGUUCUGGAGGAUUUCUCGAAAGGGUAGCGGAGGGGACAUAGUAAUUUACAGAACCCUUCUGUUUGCUUUGUGUGAUAAUGGAGAGAUUGAGCAAGCUGUGGAAAUACUAGGCAAGAUCUUGAAGAAAGGACUGAAAUCCCCUAAGCGAGCUCAUUACUUGAUUGACCUCAACUACUGCAGGAUUAGCAAGCUCACCGUCACGGAAAUCAAGUGUUUAAUCAAUGAAGCUUUAAUCAAAGGUGGAAUUCCCAGUUCAGAUAGUUACUGUGCCAUGGCUAUCGAUCUAUAUAACGAAAACGAGACUGAUCAGGGAGAUAAAGUUGUUAGCCACAUGCUAGCUAAAGGCUUUUGGCCACCAUCCUCAGUCUAUGAGGCGAAAGCAGCUGCAUUAUGCAAAGAAGGAAAAGUUGAUGAUGCAGUGAAGGUAAUUGAAGAGGAAACGGUGAAGGGAAGUUGUGUUCCAACCGUUGCGUUGUAUAACAUCGUUCUGAACGGUCUUUGUAGGGCAGGCAAGUCAACAGUGGCUAUGGAGUUCUUGAAGAAAAUGGCAAAGCAGGUCGGUCUUGUUGCAGACAAGGAAACUUAUAGCACUUUAGUACAUGGUCUUUGUCGUGAAAAUAGAUACACUGAAGCAUGCAAGUUGUUGGAGGAAAUGGUUAUCAAAUCACAUUGGCCUUGUUCUAACACAUUCAAUACACUUAUCAGAGGUCUUUGCUCGGUUGGAAAACCAUAUAAAGCAGUGAUGUGCUUGGAAGAAAUGAUUAGCCAAGGCCAAUUGCCUGAACUUUCUGUCUGGAAUGCUUUGGUUUCAUCUUUGUGUUUCAACGUGGCUGGCACCUUUAUGUGGUCUAAGGUCUUACAACAGAUAAAAAGUUGUUGAUGUACUGUGCCAGAGUAUGUACAGCCUGUGGUGUUUUCGCCAGACGAUCUUUGUGAGUAGUUUUAUCCUCCCCAUUGGCUAUAUGGGUAGGUUGCCCCUCGCUGCUGCAUUCUGUUAGACUAUGGAUUACAAGAACAAAUGUAGUUGAGUGAGACAGCAGGCGGAUUACUUGUUCCACUGUACCGAGAUGUGAGGUGCAUGUGGUGAUGAUCAUCCUGGGUAUGCGCGGGAGCCCUUGAUAGGCACUCUAGGACUUGCCAACGCUCAUGAAAAUCCGAGUCAAUCCUCCAUUCAUUCAACUAGAGGUGUGUAUAACGAGGCCACCUUUACAACCUUCUCCCUCAUGUCCCUAUGUUGUAGUAAGGUAGGGCGCUUGGGUAGUUCAACUACCCCUUAGCUCGGUGCCCAUGAUGGGAUCGUUAACAAUUUAAUAGAGUGAUGGCUUUGAAAAUAGGUAGAUUCAUCAGUUGAUGUGAGCAUGUAUUGAAGCUAUACUUUAAAAUUUGUAGCUAGAGCUUGAAGUGCAUUAUUUGAA